UUUUUAUGUUUCUGUUGAUCUAGAAACUAAGCAACAGCCACAACGCCUCACAUAUUGUUAUUAUCACGCUGAAACAGUGAGUAGCAGUGUUGUAAGCUACCUCACAUGGCCAUCACUAACAUAGUAUGUCAAAUUGAGAAGCUCAAAACCCUCUCCUCCGCUGGCCUGACUCAUUAGCUAACACUGACGUUGUAGAGCAUAGGGAGAACUUUUUUAGGUUUAAACAAUUUAAAUAAGCUAUUUUGUAACAUGCCUCCUGGAGUAACUAAUUGUCAGUUUCUUGAAACUCCUGUCUCAAUUUCCUUCUCUGGAUCUGGAUUCAUGGCUACCUAUCAGUUAGGAGUAGCUCAGUGUUUUCUAAACUAUGCACCCUGGAUUUUAAAAAGUGCUCCCCACGUCUUCGGCGCCUCUGCUGGAUCACUGGUAGCGGCUGCUGUUGUCUGUGAGAUAGAUUUUGUUUCAAUUCGGAAUGAGAUGUUGCACUUUGCCAAACAAGUGAAGGAGUUCAGACUUGGGCCUUUGAACCCGUCCAUUAAUGUGUUUCAUUGGUUGGAGCAUAUCCUGCGAAAGUACGUGCCAGAAGACGCUCACAAACUGGCCUGUGGGCGCCUGGCUGUGGCUAUGACCAGACUGGAAGAUGGACAACACAUCAUCAUGACCGAAUAUCACUCAAAAGAUGAUGUAGUACAGGCUCUGUUGUGUAGCUGCUAUGUCCCUGUUUAUUGUGGUAUGACACCUCCUUCUUUCAAAGGCAUGUACUGUGUUGAUGGUGGCUUCACUGGGAUGCAGCCUGUCCACUCUCAGUGCCCCACUCUGACUGUGUGUCCUUUCUCUGGGGACAUUGACAUCUGUCCUGCUGACUCCCCGUGUCUGUGGGAGAUGGUAGUGAGUGGGACAACACUGAAAGCUAAUGGUCCCAACUGUGGUCGGGUCAUCAAUGCCCUCUAUCCACUGACUUUAGAGUCACUCGAGGAAGCCUUCAACAGUGGUUAUAAAGAUGCUAUUCAUUUCCUUUUGAGAAAUGAGCUUGCUCCAUAUUUAACUUUGCAUAACUUGCCCCAUGUAAAACCACUUCUGGAGACCACCAAAAGAGAUGCAAAUGGUGAGAAGAAGCCAGAAAAUAACCUGAUCACCUUCACAGACCACACAAGCAUAAAAGUAAAGGAACAUAAAGAUGAUUCCGUUCACAAACAGUCUGAGAUGCAUUUGGACUUUAUUCAAAAUGUCCUUCUGAGUAAUAUGAUGACUAACAAGAUCAUGGUGGGGGUAACUGGAAAAUUAUUCUCGUACUUGCUCCUACCUUUGCUCCUGGUGUUCCUCACUGUAAUGCAGAGCUGGCAUAGAUUGCAGUUUUGGUUCAGGGAAUCUCCGCAGUGGAUAUUUUGGACUUGGGCAGGACUCAGACACUUCACUGUCUUUUUUUACCGGAUCUGCAUUAGUACCAUAAGGAAAAAUAUUUAUGACAGGGUGAAAAUCAUCAUGCUGAUGUUUAUAUGGCUCAAAUUUCAUGUCGAAGCCGAAGGACCCCCAAGAAAGGGGAAGCACUUUGGACCUACUACCAGUACCUGUCCUGUUUGUGAGACUAAACAUGAGCCCAACUCUUUGGACCAAUUCACCAAGGAUAGCAAGAAACUGAAUUAAGGAUGGAUAAGCCGCUUCACGCUCACCUCAGAGUCAUUUGAGUUGCCAUGUGUUUGCUGUUUGUUCAUCAGCUGACUAGAGUGCAUGCAGCAUUUGAGCAGUAAUGAGGUUUUCACAAAUCGUAUCCUUCAAACCUCCAGUGAAUCAAUGGACACAUAAGAUUGUUGUCAUCGUAGACCAGUUGGGAGUUUGGCUUCAGGGCGUCUCUCUAAAGUGUUGCUAAUAUCCUUCAGAGGUAACAGCCAGUCCUGUGACGUGCCAUUUAAACACUAAACUCAUUCAGCCUGUGUCAACUGCACAACAUUACCAACAUAACACCUCCAAAGCUGUGUUUCAGAGCAUGUUGCUAUAGGCAUGUCCUGGUGUGACACUUUUUUGAGAAAAUGCUGUCAGCUAAGGCCAUCAAGAAAUAACCAUAACAUUAGCACAGUCUCUGUUAUUCAAGUUUUGUCAUGCUUUUCUGGGAUGUUAUUAUAUUUAUGUUUUCAUUAUGUAACAUUAGAUUUUACGUGUGCAUUAUGUUCUUCAGUUUUAUAUCAGCAGGUCUUGCGAGCUUGCUGCUCAGUCCUUGGCCUUUCUUUUCCAUGAUAGCCAUAGUGUCUAAUUCCUUUCUUUUUAGUAUCAUUGUAUCAUACAAAUUG